GCAAAAGUUUCCACUGAGGAUGUGCAGUCAUUUUCUGCACUAGAGUCUUCAGGAAACCAUGACGCACUCAGGGGGCUGAGCUCCUUUAGGGGAGUUCACACUUUACACUUAUUAUUCACCUCGAGCCCAAGAAGCUUCAUUUCGGGAAGGAGGCCCUUUGGAUUUGUUCUGUGUUUUUGUUAAAGAAGGACAAAGUUGAAGAUGAAACUGAUCCUGUUCUUCGUUAUCUCCUGCCUCGCCUUACAUAACGGAAACGGAGCACCCAGAACUGCAGUGUAUAAGUUUGUGAAAUGUAACCCAGAGGGCGACCAGGCCAACUGUGUGACCCAACGGGGUCCAGAAAUGUCCUGGACUCCAGAACUACCCAACAAACUGCCUGCUGCAAAUGCACAGGAUCUCGAGGCAGAGCCUGAGGAGGAUGAGAGUCCACCAAGUGAGGAGGAUGUGGAGAUAGUGACGGAAGAAAAUGUGGAAGGGUCGAUGACUUCUGAAGAAGGGGAGUCCCCUGUGUGGAUCGAGGAUGGCUCUGGAGCUUUUGAGGGUUCUGCAACUGAAGAUAUGCUGAUGGCAGACCUGGUGGCUGUUGAGAGUGACACAGGCUCCGGGGAGUCAUGGGCAGAGAAGGGCGAGGAUCUUAACAAAGGGAAGAGGGACAUGAGGCAGCUGUUCCCUAGCAGGUCUCUGGUUGGUGAGGCAAAACCAGCAGAGCAGGAGCUGACUGAGGACCACCUUCUGCAGCUCUAGACUCUACACCCACCAUAUACAUGAUGCUACUAUCUGUUUUUUUUCCAACCUGUCUAUUCAAAUACUAGAACAAAUAUUGCACCACCACCGCAUGGUUGCUGGGACAUUGACAAAGGCCAAAUAUAUAUUUUAUAUUCUCAGUGCUAUUGGUAGGAAUUACUCUCGUCAGGGGCAAAAGAACAAGUGUAAACAAUGAAAAAGUAGCUGCCAAAGUAAAAGAAUGGUCUGCAUAAAUGAGACAUAUACACACACUUGGAUUUAGCUUAACCUGUAUAUGCAUUUUCUGUGGAAAAGAUGAGUAAAUUGGAUUGUAGUUAUUACUAUAAAUUUGUAAUAUGCUUUUAUAAUGUGUAAUAUCAGUGCAAUAAGAUAAAGCCUAUGUCCGUCCUUUGCUCACUCUAUGCAGCUGUAGUUCCAUUUUGGAGCUAUGAGACAUGUUGUUUUAAGACAAACAAAGACUUAUUUAUAUAAUUGGAUUUCUUUGUCUGAAAUUAUUUGAAUACCUUCCUUACCCUGGAUGGUUAUGUAAAAUAUUGUUGGAAGUUAUUUUCCUGCAAAGUUGAAAAAAAGAAUCUUUUAAACCCAAACCCCUCAGGAACAUAUUCACGCAAUCGUAACCCCUGUGAGCUGAAACAUAUUCAAAAUAUGUAUGAUGCACAUGCAUGCAUUGCAACAUGCUCUGCGCUGUCUAAUUUGCAUUUGAAUAAAGGAUUUAUAACAAA